GAUGCUUUUGAAGAAGCUUAGGGAUGGUGGUACGGUAAUGGAUGAAUUGCGUUCGUGUAAUGAGAAGAUAAAGAGUAGAAAUAUGGAAUUAAUUCAGGAAAAUGAUAAAUUGAGACGAUAUAUUAAAAAUUUAGAAAAUAGCACAAAUAUUAGGUCUAUCGAGCCGUUAUGUAAUCCUGCUAGGUUGUGUAAUCGUUUCCCAACAGGAAGAACAUACGAUAAUCAAUUUUACGGUGGAUUAAUGUCAGAGGAAAAACUGGAUUUAUUCGGCUCGUGUAGAUAUCCACAUUCAUAUAGGCCUACUUCUAGUAUUUCGACACUUCCAAUGCCUUUAGGAGCUUCUAGUACCAUCAAUUCAGACUCUAAUGCUAUAAUUGGUCCUUCUGGACAAGGGGGUAUUUCUCAGCAUGGAAACACAUUAUCGGCUAAAAACGCGACUCCAGCACCGCGAUCUUCUACUUUACAGUCCCAAGGCGAAAGUCGCGGUACGUCUUCUAACCGUGGAGAUAAACGUACCACUAAUGAAACAGAUCCUGGUAGCGAAAGCUAUACUUCUACAACUGGUACAGGGAGUAAAGAUAAAAGAGAGAGGAGAAAGGAUCGAAAAGAUAAGAAUAGAAGAGAGAAAAUAAAAAAGAGUAAAGAUAAGAGGAGUAAAAGUAGAAAGAGUGGAAAGAGCGAAAAGACUAAAAGUAAAACUAAAAAGAGUAAAAGAAAUAAAAAGAAAUAG